AAGGAAGAAGAGACGCUCUCCCGUUUAGUUUACAAACAAUAUUAACAAACUGUGUUUUUGUAUAUAUAAAACGUCCUGGCAGAGAAACAAAAAUUUAAAUCGCAGUACCGGAAACGCCGGAAACGGAAUGAACCGUUCGAAGAAGUCUUGCGUGUAUCGUGAUUGCAAUAUCAACAGCCAAACCCAUCCGGAGUUAACAUUGUUCCGGUUCCCAAAGAGCGAAGCACGCGCUGCCAAGUGGUCCGAGCUUGGAGCCGUUGAAUCUUCCAACUACGUGCAUCAGUAUAUGUGCGAGCUUCAUUUUCCGCGGAUUUAUAUGUGCUUUAGUUCCCGGCGGAAGAUGCUACUAAGUACGGCAGUCCCUCGCGCCUACGGAACCAGUGAAGAACACGACCAACAGGAAGCGCAAAGCUCGUUUGAGCUCGACUCGGAUGAAAUUACGAUGGAGGAACAUCUCGAUGAAAGUAUGACUGACGACAAUGAGGAUGUGGCAACGGAAAUAGUCUACAUGGAUCCCGAGAGUAUUGAAAAGGAUCCAAUUGAAACAGAUGAACUAGUUCAGCCACUACCUUUCAAGAGACGGGCCACAUCCGGUGAAAUCUCGACAUACACAAAGAUUACUAAAGUAGACCAAAUGCCAGCAAUUUCACAUUCGAUGAUUGUUUCGUCGUCAUCAACAACAUAUAAUGCGCCAUCCCGACUGGACGAAGCUUCCAAGCCUAUCAACCCACCUAAAGGGGCUAUUUUACGUAAAAUCAAGCUUAAGAAACAAAACACUGGUGCUAAAACUAUCAUCAUCAAAACUGUUCCAUCAAGUUCGAACUCUCACGAUGCAGCUGCUGACGCAACUAAUGUUUCCUCUCUUGAGGCAACCGUAAGUUCCACGCCGGAGAAUACUCAACCGACCGGGCCUAAACCAGAUGAACUACAAGAAGGACCAUCGAAGGAAUUGUGCUCUCCGGUAAAAAUACCUGACGUCGUUGCAAGUAGUAGCAAAAGCACUAUCAACGAAAUUGAUUCCGUUUCUAAUCCUGUAAAAAAAGAGGAAAUUCCUCCGACCAUUGAAGAGAAAAAUGUUCCUAUCUACGAGUUCAUUUUUAAGGGCGAAGAAUACGUACAACUGCCUAAGGCUCAAUAUUACCGGGAACAGGAGAAGUUACAAAAGCUGUUGGAAAAAUGCGAGAGUGAUAAAGAUCAAAUGCAGAAGAAAAUCGAUUACUUCCGUCGUAUCAUAAGUGAUUGUAAGCAAUUGCUUACGAAGCUAGAUGAUAAUAACAGCGGUGAACUUGAACAACAGUAAACAAAAUAAAAUUCAACAUAAUUUGAACCACGU